AUGACGGACGGGUUCGUCAGCCGUCACCACCUGGGGUGCAUCCCGUCGGCCCUGCGGCUCCUCCCCGCGGCUUCCGCGGGCCCAACAGGCCCCGAUGGCACCGCACUCCGCCAUCAAAUGAUCUUGAUCGGCGGCUACGACCCGCAGCAGGAGUCGGAAAGCCUCAACCUGUUCAACCUGACCACGGCCAAUGCGCCGGACGGCACCGUGCGGACCGCGACGCUCGAGCUUGUGUCUGACCUGGCCCACACCGGAGCAGUCGAGUGCCUCGACGCCGCGCUGAUCGGCCCGGCGGACGACGUGCUCGUCGUCAGCGGCAGCUCGCGCGGCCGGCUGCACGCGCUGUCCAUCGGGGUGUCGUUCGCGCCGGGCGCCGGCCCCGACCAGGGCACGCUGCACUCGUACGACGACGUGGGCGUGCACGCGCACAAGAGCGCCGUCGCGGACGUCAGCAUCAACAAGCAGACGCGCCAGGUCGCGACGGUCGGCCGGGACGGCGCUGCCCACGUGUACAACGUGGACCCGUCGGGGGGGGGACUGAUGCGGGCGACGACGUUCGCGGGGCCCGGGUGCGGGUCCUUCACCGCCGUGCAGUGGGCGGGCCACCACGAGCUUGUGUCGGCGUCCUCUGCGGGCGGCCUGCAGGUUUGGGACACGCGGGAAGGACUCGAACGGAGAAUUACAUCCCCAGACGACUGGCACAACCAGGCGGGCCUCGGCCACAUCCGCGACCUGCACGUGCACCCGGCUCGCCCAGCGGAGUGCGCGGCCGCGGGGUCGACGGGUGCGGUGUCGCUGUGGGACCUCCGGUUCGCGCACAAGCCCCUCGCGUGCCCGCCCGACGCCGGCGACGAGGCCACAGCAGUGCGGCUGGCCGGGCGCGCCGGGGGCGGCGGUCUCGGCACGCUGGUGCCCUCGCCGAUGAUUGCCGCAACGGCGUCGGGGGCGGUGGUGCUCGUCGGGCCGUCAGGGGAGCGAGACGGGCAGCUCGCGGGGUCGGUGCUGGUCGAGGGCGGCGGGCUCGGGUGCGCGGUGCUGGGGCUGGACGUCGGGGAGCCCGGUGCGCUCGGGCAGGACGUGGUAGCAGUCAACGGGGGGGAGUGUCUGCAGUACAUGCGGCUGCCCCCCGGAACACCGGGAAUGUGA